CGAGUUCGGCAGAAGCGAUCAGUCAUGACAGUCACGUCAGAGUGGUAGUAUAUAUCGUCCAGCCUCCAGUCCCGGGGUCUAGUAUCUGUUCUCUCGAGUGUCGUGAGUGUAUAAAAACGAGUCAUGAUGUGGUCGAGGACUUCCGCGUGGGUGAUUGUCAUUUUGGCAGUGUCCUUUCACACUUGCGCGGCGAUUUGGUAUGGGAUUAAGAAAACCCCUAAAGGAGACACAACUGCUGGUGAGAGGUGCUUCUGUCAGUUAAAAGGAGUAAUAGACGACUGUUCCUGUUCUGUGGAGACUUUAGACAGCUUCAACAACUUGAGGCUGUAUCCACGCCUAAAUAGCCUCCUGCAGUAUGAUUACUUUAGGUACUGGAAGGUGAACUUGAAUAAAGAAUGUCCAUUUUGGGAAGAUGACAGCAAGUGUGCCAUUCGUUACUGCAGUGUGAAGCCAUGUACUGAUCAAGAAGACUCGGAAAACGGCUCACAGGGUGAAGAAAGUGAUGUAAGGGAAUCAGAUGCAAGCAAUCGUGCCAGUUCAGACAAGAAGGUCCCAGAGGGCAUAAAGGGAGCUUCCACAAGCAAAAUUGAGAAGGAAAAGAAGGAAAAGUCCCACAUGGUGACUGGACAUUGUGAUGGAGAGAAUGACCUGGGAUACUUGAACACUACUCUCAGCAAGGAAUCCAAAGUCGGCUUUAAACGCUGGGCAGCCCACGAUGAUGCACAGCUGAACUUUUGCAAAAUUGAUGACGACAGUUCUGAGGAUAGUGAAUAUGUUGACCUAUUGCUGAAUCCUGAGCGGUACACAGGUUAUGCAGGACCUUCAGCACAUAGAAUAUGGAGAACAAUAUACCAAGAAAACUGCUUUAAGCCGUCUAGGGCAAUUGGGCGUUACACAGACUUCAGUAGUAUCGGAGCCAAUGAUUUUCUGAAAGAAAUGUGCUUGGAAAAAAGAACAUUUUACAGAGCUAUUUCCGGCCUCCAUACCAGUAUCAACAUUCACCUGUGUGCUAACUACCUCCUGUCAGACAAGAAUGGCUUUGAAAUGUCAAAGGAUGGCCAGUGGGGUCCGAAUGUACAGGAAUUCCAGACAAGGUUUGACCCAGAACUAACUGGUGGAGAGGGACCACACCGCCUGAAGAACCUCUACUUUUUAUACCUUCUUGAACUAAAAGCUUUAGCUAAAGCUGCAGCAUACCUUGAAAGCUUAGAAUACUACACAGGAAAUGAAAGUGAAGAUAACGAUGUAUCGAAGGCAGUUAAGGACUUAUUAACUGUUGUCAAGAGUUUCCCAGAGCACUUUGAUGAAAGCUCCAUGUUUUCUGGUGGCCAGCAAGCCACAAAAUUGAAAGAGGAAUUUCGGCAACACUUUUGGAAUGUGUCUCGUAUUAUGGACUGCGUUGGAUGUGACAAGUGCCGUCUUUGGGGCAAGCUGCAGGUAACUGGCCUUGGUACAGCACUCAAGAUUCUGUUCUCAGGCAAUCUAGACUCAGAAGGUAACCAAAAUAUAGAUCUUCCAGCAGUGAGACACUCAAAGUUCCAGCUGUCUCGUAUUGAGAUUGUCGCUCUAAUUAAUGCCUUUGGUCGAUUGUCCAGCAGCAUCAUGGCGCUAGAGAACUUUCGGCAGAGCAUAACCAGGAGAUAAUGACAAGAUUGGCUACUCUGAGCUGAACUUCUGUGAUAUUUGUUAUAUGUUGCCCAAAUACAUAGUUGUAUGCUAGGUUAUGACAGGUGGGCUGCCAACUGCCAGUGGUAGCAACAUAUGUUCAAAGAAGGAGCAUGACAGAUGUAAGGCAAGGUAAAUUAAAAAAGAAGAAAAA